GUGUGACGGUGGAGGCUACUUCUUCUUCUCGGGUUGAAGUGUCAACGUAAACUUCGACAGAAGCAGGAAGUCCGGGGAUUUUUUGAGACAGAAACCUGAAUGGACAGAAGAUAUGCAGCCUUUGAACGAAAAUAAAUAAGGGUUAAUGUCUAUGCCGAUAAACGCUUGCAGCUACUGCAUUUAUGUAGUUUGUUCUAUUAAAAGGGUAUUAUAACUAAGCUCAGCCGUCAUUUAUCACCCGGAACACCUGGAUUUUCACUUUUCACGAGAGAGAGGGAUGGAUGUUCCUUAUCUCACUGAAGAUGAAAUGGCAGAGAUUAAAAAAGACGUGCUGACUAAGCUCCGGCACUAUCUCUGUGAUAAGAUCAGAGCCGAACGCCACCUUGACUACCUGCGUGCAUGCAGGAUCCUGACACGAGAUGAUGCAGAGGAAAUCAGCUGCAGGACCACACAGAGCAAGAGGACAGCCAAAUUGUUGGACAUACUGGAAGAAAACCCACGAGGUUUGGAUGCCUUGACCGACUCCAUUAGGGAGAUGCGUACACAAAACUUCAUCAUAGCCAAAAUCACAGAUGAAGUCCAAAUAGCCAAAAACGAGAAGAUCGAGUCGCUCAGAGCAGCUUGUAGUUCAUCAUCUGACUGCAGCCUCAGUAACCCGGGCAGCACCAGCGACCUCCCCACGUCGUUUUCAAACAACUCUACCAUGCUCUUCCACCCAGACGGAGAGCGAAGCUGUGCCACUUCAGAUGUGGGAGCCUCUCUCAAUCUGCCAUCAUUACAGAGAAGCUGCGACAUGUCUCCUGGAACCUGUGCUAGCAUCGCCGUACCUUCCUCAACCACUUCCUCCUCUAGCCUCCCAAAACCUGGAGACCCUGGAGCUCCUCCGCUACCGGAUGACAUGAUGGUCGAAUCCCCCAGCAUCGAUCCAGGAGCAGCAGGGUGCACCAGCACAGGAGGGGACCCUAACUUCCAACCCCUGCGAUCACGCUCGCUCACGCCAACGUCACACAGGAGUAUCUUUUAAUUCCAUAUCUCAUAAGACAGUUAUUAUGCAGUUACAGAGUCAAACAGGCAUUAUCCUCUCUACAGUUUCUCUGUCAUUGUUUCUCAUUGUGUUUGAAAGAAGUUAAAAAAAGGUGGGCUACAUACUGUGUUCAACUGUUAGACCGGGAAAAAAUAAUUGAUUAUUUGGGAAAUUUGAUUGAGAAUUAGUUCUAUGAUUUUGUUAUUGAAUUAGUCAUUUCAGUCACUUGUUAAGCAAGAAAAUGUCAAAAAUUUGUUUGUUACAGUAUCCUAAAUGUGAGGAGUUGCUGCUUUACUUUGUCACAGGAUAGUACGUUUUUGUGUGUUUUGUUUUUUACAAAAUUAGACACGUAAAAAGGGAAAUUUUCCACUCUUUUGACAUGUUACAGACCAAAGUUAUAACACAUAAAAAAAUUCAGUCAUAUAUAAAAAUUACCAUUCGUACAACUUAAAAAAGGAACUCUACAAUUUGUAUGCAAAGAAAAUAAUGUUUUAUUGUUAAGAAUCUAUUAAUCCUUAUUCUUUUUCAACAAAAGAAGCCAGACUUCACCAAUGUUAAAUCUUUGCAGUAAACAUUUAUGUAAUGCAGAUGGGUAAAAUUAGGAUUUAAAAGGGAACCUAUCUGAUUCAUAAUAAGCAAAGAAGAGUGCGUAAUUUAGCCAGCAUCUACAGUAAGGCCAGCUUUGGGUACCUCAUGUUACUUAUUCUUUAACACUUAACUGUGCUGAAUCUCUAGAAGUAUUGAGGUUUUAUUUAAUGGUACAUAUGUGAAUCAUCUACUCUCACCUUUUCUACUGCUGUUCUUUUAUAGAGUGAUUUCUCAAUUAACUGUUUGGUGAAAACAUGGCAGCAGUUCAGGUGCUGUAACAAAUCUUAUACACUGGAGUUUCUAUGUGACUUUCUAAUGUGUAUUAGAUGCUGCCUUUGUUUGUCUGAGUGAUGUACCUUGAUGUGAUGAUUUUAGGUUCAUAUCUUUGCAGCUUAAAUCCAGCUAGAAGUUGCUGUGACAUUUUCAUCACUACAGAAGUCAAUAAGAUGAGAAAACAUAUUGUGUAAUACAAACUAUGUAUUGACCAGUGUAUACUACUACAUAGUAUGAGUGGUCGUGUAUAAUCUGUUGCACAUUAAAGGUUUCUUUAAGAACUAAA